AUGCAACAAGCUAUACGAACAGUGGACAUUGGACAAGCAUACUUGAUAGCGUACGUGAAACCUCUCACAGAGACUCUUACCUCUCUAAUAUCAGCCCAGAUAUCUGAGCUGCGCGAACAUCUCGACCAGGUGCCCGUAUCGCCCGACCCGGAUGACGAAGUGGCGAAUGAAGUACCCGGUCCGGAGCUGCUGUUUGGACGUAAUCUCCAUGCGACUAGAGAAGAGUUGCUCGCCGCUCUUCCUCCACGGCCAGAAGCGGAUCGACUCAUUGAUACAUUCUUCAUAUCAAUGGAAUCUCAUCCAACCCUCAUCCACAAGCCAACCUUUCUUAAACAGUACAAUGAGCUGUGGACACAACCAUUCGAAACUUCAACUAUGUGGUUGGGUGUUCUCUACGCUGCACUGGCACUUGGCUUUCGUUUCCAAGCCGGGGUGAACGCUCAUCAACCUGACGAUACUAGACUGGCUCCUGAUCUGGUGCAAAUCGGCUUUUAUCGCGAGAAGGCUGCGCAAUAUCUCGUCAAUGCUACAUCGCUGCCACCGUACGGAGAGAUCACCGAGAUGGACGCCACACUAAGAGAUGUCUUCGAAAAAAUACCACAGUCGCCCACAUCAAACACCUUCGACGAUCCUAAUACCGACUUAUCACCAGACUUCAUGCGCUACACGUAUUUGAACGUAGCCUUCUUGAAGGCCGAGCUUAUGUUGCAUCGACCCUACUUCGUCCUCGGCCGAACCGAUAGCAGAUAUGCAUACUCUCGCAGGGUCUGCUUGAACGCUGCUAUAGAGAUGCUUCGCUUUCAGAGCAAGCUUGACGCUGAGGUCCAACCAGGAGGUAGACUAACUUCACCAGGGUGGCGUCUCUCUACCUUGAGCUUGUACAUGUCUUCCAUCAUUGCGCAAGACUUCUUACUCGCGACUACCGUCUUGGUAGUCGAGCUUGAUGAAGACCUCAUUGCUCCCAUCCCACCGGCUUCUGAGCUCAUGGAAAGCGGGGUGCAACUGGACCAUGCGUCCCCGACGCAAGAGGAAAUCAUCGCGUCGUUGCGCUCCGCUUAUCACAUCUGGAUCAGGGCUAGCAAGAGAUCGCAGGAGGCACGGAAGGUUGCUACAGCCGUGAAGCUUGUUCUCUCUAAAGUUCACGGCAGUGGGGUACAGGCUACCGACUCGGCGCACGGUGCCCAACCUGAUUUGACUUCCCCAUCCCAGAUUUUCGACACCAACAAUCUUGGAUUUGCUGUUCCCGACUCGGAUGCUUUUGACAUGGGCAAUAGUGCUUUUGGUCACCCGUUCGAUUUUGGCUUCAUGCCAAUGGAUCUGGACCAGUAUACCUUACCUCUCGAUUGGGGUGAUGCGUUUCCCAACCUCCAGCCGCAGUCUCUUGGACAAUAUCCCCCAGGAUCGUUCUUCUAG